AUGGCAGGUUUUAUAAAAGCUUCCGAGUUAUUAAAUUCAAAAAAUGAUACUGCCAUUUUAGAUGAACUAAAAGAUAAAUUUACUCAUAUGCAAAAUGCUCAACUUACCGAAAUACACAAAGAAACUUCAAAAUCAUUCAAUUCUAAAGAAAUAUAUGAUCGUCUUUGUGUAGAAACUUUACAAAAAUAUAUUACUAUAUCGAAACCUAUAAAUACUCAACAAAAUACUCGUUUAUGGUUUUCCAGAUUUGAGGAAUUUGUGAAGAGCACUCAACCGGAUAUUGAUUUACUUACAUUUUAUGAUAAAAAAGUUAUUGCAGUACUUUUAUGUGAAUUUAUAGUAAUUAUAAAAACAAGAGAAAAAAAAGAAUUUAAAGCAAAUUCAUUAUACAAUGGAAUAUGUGCUAUUAAUAGGUUUUAUCAAGAAUUAUUUAAAGCUAAAGAAUCAUUUAAUAUACAUGAAGAUUAUGAGUUUAAGGCAGUAUGCGAUACCUUGCAUACCAGAAUGAUUGAGUUAGAAGAAAUUAAUAAUGGUGAUUAUAAUGGAGCUGAUCCUCUUACUGAUGAAGAAAUGAUUCAAAUCUUUGAGCAUCCUAAUAUGUCAAAUAAUACACCAGAUGGAUUAUUAAGAAGAGUAUUUUUAUGGAUAGGAUGUUGCACAGCACGAAGAGGUGGAUCUUACCAUAAUAUUAUGGCUAAUCAUUUUAAAGAACGCGAUGAUGGUGGAUUUAAUGUUAUAACAAUUCAUGAUAAAACUCAUCAAGGGGGUUAUUAUCAUCGAACAAGCUCUAAUCAGCAUCCAAAACAUAUUAUACCACCAGAUGAAAAUGGAACACAUGAGGCAUGCUAUGAUAUUAAAAAAUACUUAAACCUGCGACCAAAAAAUGCCAAAGAAAAUCUUUUUCUUCACAUAAAUAAAGAUCUAAAAGAUAUUGAAAAUGGAAAUUGGUAUUCCACUUCUCAUAUGGGUCGAGACAAACUGUCUGGAAUGCUAAAAGAGAUUUGCAAUAUUACUGGAAUUGAUUGCACAAAUAGAAGAAUUGUUAAUCAUUCAUUACGAAAAUAUACUGCUCAAAAAUUAAAUGAUGAAGGAUUAGAUUCACAAGCUAUUAUGAAUGUAACAUUGCAUAGAUCUUUAGCAGGAUUAAAU